AUGAUUCCUACAAAACGACUUACUCGGAGGCGCGUAACCUCAGAUCCAUGUCUGCCCGAGCGGCUUCCUACAACCAGUUUCAUAGAGAGAGAGGCAGAAUAUUUGGCACCCCAAGAACUCGUGAAACAGCAAUUAAAGGCAUCGCUAGAGGAGACAGUUCUCGGCGCAUCGCUUGCAGAAAGUCCAACUUCAGAGGAGCUUCGAAGACGAAGACGUAGCGAUUCAACACCUCGUUCCGCUGCCUCUAUAAGGUCAUUUGUACAGUCGAUGGUGAGCCCCAAGAGUGGUCGUGCACCGUCGUCAGGCUGGGCGCAUCUUCAAUCAUAUGAGGUUAUGAAAGCUAUCGAAGAAAAGGACAUUAUUUUCCUCAUGGAAGUAAGGGAUAAAGCCUUCCCGCUCUUGCUUCAAAGUUCUGGAGGGGAGACACCCCUCGUGCAUGCCAUUCGAACAGGCAACAAGGAUGUAGCGAUUGUUCUGCUCGGUGCAUUCUCCAGAUGGGUGAAUUACCUGGAAGAUUCAGACGUCCAGAAAUCUCAAACGCAAACACAGUUGAAAGCAUUGCGCGUCGGUUUGAAACUUGCCAUUAAUGAGGGUCUGGCGAAAUCUCAAAAUGACCUCAUUGCGUCUUUCAUGCAAACUCUAAUCAUGAGUGAAGGUGAUAAAUGGGUACAUGCGCAAGUCUCUACCGUUUCUCGAGCUUUAAAUGCGGGAACAGAGGGAACGCCGGUCCACGUCGCGGCAGCGGCAGUGAGGAAGUUUGCAACUAAGGAACUGGGGAAGGCAGAUUUGAUUGCCUCGUUGGAAGACUAUGUCUCGAAUGCGACAGCAGAUCUCUUGAUGAUGGGUGCUUGGGCCAACGUGUUGCAGGCGGUCAAGGCUGACCCUUUACCAUCGUAUUAUUUUGCCCGUGACGACCGCGUGUACAAGGCGUUUGUGGAAAGGAUCGAGCGGCACAAGUUAGAAAUUCAGCGAUCCUGUGGUCGGCGGCUGAGAUGGCAACUGAAGGUGCUAAAGGACGUGUUAGAGGGACGCAGUGUGACUUUUCGAAGAAAAGUUGAGCUGCUGAUGUCCCAACUGGACGAAGGGGAAGGGUUGUAA